AUGAGCGACCGCCCCUCUGAAUCUAGUAGCCACUACUACGCGUCCGAUGCUGGAGAUGGGUCCAGCUAUGCAGGAGAUUGGGAGUCCGAUCGCCUCGCCAUAAACCGAACAAUGUUGGAAGCGGGGCUUUUGCAGGAAGAUGAAGAAGACUUUACCGGAACUGACCUGAACUUUGAAGAUAUGGACUUUGAUGAUUUCAAGGAUGAUGACGAAGAAGUGACAGAGACUGGAGAGUCUUUGGAGGAGAAAGCGCGUGGGUAG